AUGCCAUCUGAUUUGUUCCAGGGUCUGAAUGUACUGGUGGUGGGCCCUCAGAAUGACGAGACUUUAGGGUUCGAGAAGAUGCUUAAGAAUAACGGGUGUGACUCGGUACCUCUCUACAACACUGAUACAGGGGAGGAACUUACCGACAAGAGCGCGAUCAUAUCAUAUUUCAAGUUGGAAGAAACGGAUAUACAUUUCAUAGUUUCGAACACGUGUGAUUUCUCGUUUUACAAAGUAAUGGCGUUUGACCUUUACAUCCCCGUAGUCAAAUCGUCGUGGAUCAUCCAUUGCAUAGCCAAGAACAAGAUAGUACAGCCGGAGACGCAUAGUCCGAAUGGAACUCACCAUUUGAAGAAUACGCAGAUAUACCUCUCGCCGUUCUCAUUCACAGAGGGUGAGAUUGCUUUCUACUCUCAGAUGAUCGUAUCCCUCGGUGGUAGCAUCAAUCAGAUACUUUCGACGAGGACGACGCAUGUGAUCGCAAACCAACACGAAGACCUUGCCAUCAGUGCAGUGGAGGUGUUCCCUGGGACCGCAGCGGCUAAGAUAAAGUUUGUCUACGUCACAUGGCUGGUAGAGUGUUUCAUGAGUUGCUCGGAUGUCGGGACAGCGGAGCAUACGAUCACUGAGAAAUCAACGGACAAGCCCGCCUGGGAGAGAGUGGAGUCUCUCCAACUCUCCAGGGGCCAAUCCAAAUUUCUCACAGGUUACACGUUUGUGUUGGACCAGCAAAUGGGCGGCCAAAUAUGUGGCAUUCUCUCGCGAAUCGUGGCGGGACUUGGCGGUUCCACCAACUCGGACCCAAUUAUAAGUCAAGUGCGGUCAUUCCACUUGGGUGGGUUGACCGUUACUAACGGGGACGGACACAACACGUGGUACUGGUUGUUUGAGAUGAUCCAGCUGGACUCGUUCGUCCCGUCCGUUGGCAAAUUGGUAUACCGUUCCCCGCCAGGCGCCGUGUUCGAGUCACGCCGGAUGAGUGCAAGUUACAGCAACUUCUAUGCUCUUCAAAGACACUACGUGAGGACUGUGUGCCGUAUGCUUGGAAUUAUCCCUACACCGGAGUUGACGCGUGCGAACGAGAUCCUUGUCACGCGGUCGCGUUCUGGGAGGAAGUACACCGCUGCGACGACGCAGUUGAGGGACCGGUGCAGUGUAGUGAACUACCUGUGGCUGGAGGACUGUCUGCGACUGGGGGAGGCAGUCGAUACCGCUGGGUCGAGGUACGCGGAGAUACCUGUACGUGUCUCUGAGGGCGGUAACAUGCUCGGCCAGAUCGGUGCCGUGCAGAACAGUGUGUCACAAGAGGACGCAUCGGGGGGUACCCCUGAGACGCAGAUUGAUCUUACGCAAUCCGAUGGGAGGGCGGAUGACAAUUUCCAAACAGCAUCUGAGCAUCACCGUGAUGUAGUGACGAGCAGCCCGAGUGGGUCUGAAGGUGACGACGACUCGAUUACUAAACCUGGCGGGAAUGUAUCGGCGAACCACAUCAAGCUUCAAAUAGAGGAUACAGAGUCGACGCAGGGAACGAUGCACUGUACGAGACCUGAGAAACGUAUCGGCGAGUCCCCAGUCCAGCAGCGAUCCCAAACGGAAGAGGGGUGUGGGGCCCCCCACGAAAAACCGAUAGACAACCGAGAUUCCCAUCGGCCGUACCAGAUCGAGGCUGUGACCACUAACUGCCUCGAGCGGUUAACCGCCGAAGAGAAGCAGCGGCUAGGGGAACUCGGCGUGUCCCUCCACGAUGACGUCGCGACGGCGACACCCCACCGCCAAUUGAACUGCAUAAUAGCGCCAAAACGGUUGAGAACGGUCAAGUUCCUGACAAGCCUGAGUUUCCACCCGUUGCAGUACGCUCUCGUGCCGCAGUUUGUUGAGGACUUGCUCGCGCUAAACGAGAAGCCCCCCAUCGAUGAGUACCCGGAUGCCGGUGACCCUCAGUACCGGAUCCCAGAGGUGGACCCCUCUGUGAUGGCUCUGAGUGCGCUGCCGGCAAGAGUGUUCCCACGAGCGGGCAUCCACCGCGUCAACCUCGCCCACGACAUCGCGGGCGGGUCCACGGUCGUCGCGGGCAUACUACGCGCGCACGGGAUCCAAGAGACCCGCACGCUCCCGCGCAAGUUCCAAGAGGGCGACAUCCUCAAGAACGAGGCCGGGGGCACCACCGAGGCCGCAGCACCAGACUACGUGCUCGUCGCUACAAGACCCUCGCAGGCCCGACGGUUCCAGCAACUCACUGGCCACGCAGCGGCCACCGCGCUCGUCGUCGAGUGGAACUGGUGCGUGCAAUCCAUCUUCGACCUCCAGUGCAACACGCUCUCGAGCGAGUACAUAAUCCGCUGA